AUGGUUCGUUCUUGGCCUCGAAAUCCAUGCGUGAAUCUGAGUAAGAAGGUGAAAAAAAAAUGUCAUUCAUUGAUAUUAAAUAACGAUCAGUUGUUCAGAGUUAAAAAAUUAUUAUUGGAUUCAUUGAAAAAGGGUUUGAAAAAAGAAACUCACCCCGAAGCCAUCAUUAAAUGUUUUCCUACCUACGUUCAAGAUCUUCCAAAUGGAAAAGAAAAAGGAAAAUUUUUGGCGUUGGAUUUGGGAGGAACAAAUUUUAGAGUUUUAAUUAUUUACUUGGAAGAAAAUCAUUUCGAUAUGAAAUCGAAAAUAUAUCCAGUUCCCGAAGCUAUCAUGUUGGGUACCGGUACACAGCUUUUCGAUCACAUUGCCGAGUGUUUAGCCACAUUCACGAAAGAAAACAAUGUCAACACGGAAAGGUUACCACUGGGUUUCACCUUUAGUUUUCCCCUACGUCAAAAAGCUCUCACGACCGGGUUAUUAGAAAGAUGGACGAAAGGAUUCAAUUGUUCGGGUGUCAUCGGUGAGGAUGUUGUCAGAUUACUCAGGGAAGCUCUCCAGAGAAGACAUGACGUUCAAAUUGAUGUUUGUGCUAUCUUGAAUGAUACCACGGGUACGUUGAUGUCUUGCGCUUGGAAAAAUCAAAAUUGCAGAAUCGGUUUGAUUGUAGGUACCGGAAGUAAUGCUUGUUACGUGGAAAAAACCGAUGAAGUGGAAACGUUUAACGGAUGUAAUAAGAAACCGUAUGUGGUGGUCAAUACGGAAUGGGGUGCGUUCGGUGAUGAUGGAUGCCUGGAUUUCAUUCGUACUUCAUACGAUAUAGAUUUGGAUAAAAAUUCAAUUAAUCCCGGUAAACAAGUAUUCGAAAAAAUGAUAUCCGGUAUGUACAUAGGAGAACUCGUUCGUUUAAUAAUCGUACAUUUCAUAGAAUUGGGAUUGUUAUUCAAUGGCAACAGUUCUGAAAUUAUUGAAAAAAAAUGGCAUUUUUUAACUAAAUACGUUUCGGAAAUAGAAAGUGAGAAAAAAGGAGUUUUCGAUAAAUGUCAAAACGUAUUGAAGACUGUCGGUAUAGGAAGUGUCACGGAUGAAGAUUGUGCCAAUGUUCGUUAUAUUUGCCAGUGCGUAUCUAGGAGGGCUGCCCACAUAGUUUCGGCCGGAAUCGCGACUCUCAUUGAUAAAAUAGGGCAAAAUAACAUAACGGUUGCCGUUGACGGAUCCGUUUAUCGAUACCAUCCACACUUUCAUAAUUUAAUGAUGGCGAAAACAUCGGAACUUCUCGUAAAUCCGGCCAAGUUUGAUUUUAUGCUCUCGGAAGAUGGUAGUGGGAGGGGAGCCGCUUUGGUUGCUGCCGUUGCUUAUAGAGUAAGUAUUACUAUUUUACAUUAA